GCUGGAGCCGCCAUUGGAGCCGGCUUGGCUUGCGGGCUCCGCUGAGGAGUGGGAGGUUGGGCCGCAGUUAAAGUCGCGUCGGCUCCUGGUCCCUGGCCCUUCAGCGGCAUGGCGUGCGGGGCGACGUUGAAGCGGCCCAUGGAGUUCGAGGCGGCGCUGCUGAGCCCCGGCUCCCCGAAGCGGCGGCGCUGCGCCCCUCUGCCCGGCCCCACUCCGGGCCUCAGGCCCCCGGACGCCGAGCCGCCGCCGCUGCUUCAGACGCAGACCCCACCGCCGACUCUGCAGCAGCCCGCCCCGCCCGGCAGCGAGCGGCGCCUUCCAACCCCGGAGCAAAUUUUUCAGAACAUAAAACAAGAAUAUAGUCGUUAUCAGAGGUGGAGACAUUUAGAAGUUGUUCUUAAUCAGAGUGAAGCUUGUACUUCGGAAAGUCAGCCUCACUCCUCAGCUCUCACAGCACCUAGUUCGCCAGGUUCCUCCUGGAUGAAGAAGGACCAGCCCACCUUUACCCUCCGACAAGUUGGAAUAAUAUGUGAGCGUCUCUUAAAAGACUAUGAAGAUAAAAUUCGGGAGGAAUAUGAGCAAAUCCUCAAUACCAAACUAGCAGAACAAUAUGAAUCUUUUGUGAAAUUCACACAUGAUCAGAUUAUGCGACGAUAUGGGACAAGGCCAACAAGCUACGUGUCCUGAAGCUUUCUUGCAUAUCUGGGUACCAGGUUUGACCUCAAGAGAUGGCUGCUGUACACUUUUUGCAACUGGUUUGAUAUCACAUUUCAGCUCCAACUUUGCAUCCUGAGAACACUUAAAUGUUUCUGCA